GAUCGGUUUGGAAAAUAGAGUUAUAAUUUUUUAAUCAAUAUGAAUAUUAUUUGGAUUUAUUUUACCAUAUUUUGUUAUUUUCUUCUAUCGAGAUGCGACAGCCUGGGUGAAACAUGCUCAAAACAAACCGACUGCGACAGAGAACACAACAAAUAUAGUAAAGAGACAAAUAUUUGGACAUCAAAAAUCACUAACGAAAUAGAUCUUGCAUUAGAGAACUACAAGCCAUGUAUACAAUCAAAUUGCAGCUGCCAUAAAGAUGUAAUAGAACGGGAUCUGUUGCCUUUUGCUGGUGGUAUUACCAAAGAAAUGUUUAGCAGCGCACAGCCAAAAGGGACUAAUUAUCAGAUAAUCAGUAAUAAAGUGUACCGCCAAAAAGAUUGUCAUUUUCCCGCUAGAUGUGCUGGAAUUGAACAUUACCUGAAGUCUUUAGCCAGUCAGUUGCCUGAUAUGGAAAUCAUUAUAAACACAAGAGAUUGGCCCCAAAUAAACCUCUCUUGGGGACAUAAGAAAUCUCCAGUUUUUUCUUUCAGUAAGACAAAUGAUUAUGCUGACAUAAUGUAUCCUGCCUGGAGCUUUUGGGAAGGUGGUCCUGCAAUUGCUCUCUAUCCUACUGGCAUUGGAAGAUGGGAUCAACAUAGAAUCUCAAUAUCCACAGCUGCAGACAAGUGGCCAUGGGAUAAAAAAGAAGAGAAAGCUUUCUUUAGGGGAUCCCGUACAAAUGCUGAAAGGGACAAUUUGGUUUUACUGUCAAGAAGUAAACCAGACCUAGUUGAUGCUCAGUACACAAAAAAUCAAGCUUGGAAAUCAGAUGCAGACACUCUGUAUGCUGAACCUGCUCAAGAAGUGUCAUUUGAGGACCAUUGCAAGUACAAAUAUUUGUUCAAUUACAGAGGAGUAGCAGCUAGUUUUCGUUUCAAGCACCUGUUUCUGUGCAAGUCCCUUGUAUUUCACGUAGGCGAUGAAUGGCUGGAGUUCUUUUACCCGUCGCUCAAACCUUGGGUGCAUUAUGUCCCGAUUAGUCCGACUGCAUCGGAGGAAGAAAUCAGCAAUUAUAUAACAUAUUUUAAAGAACGAGAUUCGUUAGCUAAGGAGAUAGCAGAGCGAGGCUUUCAACAUAUCUGGGAUAAUCUCACUGAUAAAGAUGUCAAAUGUUACUGGCGAAAAUUAUUGAGAAAAUAUUCUAAACUCGUUAAGUAUGAUGUAAUUAAGGAUAAUGAUCUCAUUAGAAUAUAAUCUUGACAUGUAA